AAUGGCUUCAAAAACCCGGCGCGGUUCAAGCCUCGCGAAAAAAGAAAAGGAAAUCAAAAAAGAAAUUGAAGAAGAUAAAGAAGUUGCACCGAUACAAGAAGAAGAUGAUGAUGGUCCACCACCGAUUUUAGAGAGAGAAGCCAGUUGUGGAGAGAAUGAUGAUACAGAUGGAGAUGGAAAAGAAGAAGAUGCACAAAAGGAAGAUGAUAUUGAUGGAAGUAAAACGAAGAAUGAAAGUAUUCUUGAAGCAUUAUCUCAAUUUUUCACCGCAGAUGAUGCUACUGUCAAAAAUCGUCGGAAUAGUCCACCAUCGGAGUCUUCAUCAACCAGAAAUACACUUGGACUCAAUCGUGGAGGGGCAAUUCCAAAGGCUCUUCUUCUGAACAAAAACCUUCGCCCUGUACCUUCAAAGACACCUCCAAUUGCUACAACACGUUUUGCAUCUCUUCGUCAUCUUUCAUCAGCCCCUGGUACAUCAGCGUCUACUUCCGGAUCACCUUCAGUUGGGAUUCGCAAGUAUGGGGUCCCACCGCCGAUGCCUCGAUCUCUUCGUAAUAUUGCGGGAAGCAUAAAUGUUGUUGGGUCAAAUUCGUCGCUCGGGCCUGCCAGACUUCUUGAAAGCCGAAAAAGACAUUUCGAUAAGGAUAAAGAUGGGAAGAACCCGAAAAGAUCUUCACUGGUAGCCUACAAUGGGGGGAGAGCCGGUGAAAACUUCCGAAAAGUGCCGCCUUCCGCAGUGUCACCAGCUCCAGGAUCAGGUUCAUCUGCAUCUUCUGGAACAUCAACUUCAUCGUCCAAUGGUAUAAUAGAUGUGCAAUCAAUGCUCCGUGAUCAGUCGCCAGUCAGAAUGCAAGUGAUGGUUGGAGGGGAUCACGAAACUAAUGGAGAUUCAAUUCAAGAAGCUAUGGAAUUGGCUAAUGCUCAAAAGGAAAGCAUAGGAAAUAUUGCAAGAGCAUCCAGCCAUCACAAUAUGCUUCUUGGUUCGAUGAUUAUUAAUGGUCUCAACACUCUACAAUCUCGGGAUAAGGAUGAAUACACUAAUUUCUCAUCAGACCUCUUUUCCCUUAUCACAAGAUAUAAUAUUAAUUAAAUGUAUUGAUCGUCACUAUAUCAUUUUUUUUUCUCUUUUCCUCAGACUCUCCAAAUUGACCCCGUUUUUAAAAUCUACUUCAUUCCUCGUUUCCAAUAAUUGUCCCUUCUUGUUUUAUCCAUGGCAUCAUUGAAUUGAAAAAUAACAAAAACAUGAUUCAAGUCAGAAUAUUAUUUAUAAUAAAUAAAUGAUAUAUUUAAUA